UACAGAAGCUACGCUGCAAAAAACUAAAUGAUAACAGAGUGGAUAUUGUAUGUAGUCAAUGUAUGACAUGAAGGACUGUGCAGAAGAGCAAGUAGCGCAGGUCCAGUCCAACAUCUAGAAUGACUCAUUUGAAAGCAACCAGAUUCAUUGUUCCAUUUUCACUACUCAUCCAAGAGGUCCCCCCUACGGUUCUCCUGGCUGGUGGCUUCUGGCUUCUCAGAAUUCCAUCAGGCAGCGCGUGAACAAGAUUAAGGCAUCGUUGUCGGCAGGAUUCGAACCUGCGCGGGGUGACCCCAAUGGAUUUCUAGUCCAUCGCCUUAACCACUCGGCCACGACAACCACCAUGAUCAGAGCCUGUUGUUGGGGUGUCAAAUGCAUACAUGUCACACGCGUUGUUCCACCAAUACCACACUACAGUACAACAUUCAUAUCAUUGCCUCACAAAGAGCUUCACAGACAGUUUGUAAGGGCAGUAUUACUCUUCAGUUUUGGUGUAUGACUGUGUCUCGAUAGAGAUCUGACAGGUAAUAAAAGAAAAGCAACCAUGUCACGGAUAUGUCACCAUCACCUACAAAUAAAAAACACUAUUGUCUUUGUUUAACUUAGCGAGAAGUACUCCACAAGUUUCUCUGUCCUGUCUUAUUACGCUUUUCUAUUAGGAAGUGUUCUCAAUGUUCCGUCCCAUUCAUACACAAGCUCUUAUAUACAAAUUGCACGUGCAUAUUUUUUCAGUGUGAAGCCUUUUGAUUUUUUGUCUCUGCUGAGGUGAUGUGAUGUCUACAAGUUUGUUGUCAUCAUAAAACCUGUUGGAGAUGCCGGGGAUUGAACCCGGGGCCUCAUACAUGCAAAGCAUGCGCUCUACCACUGAGCUACAUCCCCCUGUUUAUAGAGCGAAUUAAGAUAGCAGACAUAUGAGAAGAGUUUGAACAAAGGGAUGUAGCACAACUUAAGCUGGAUAUCUACUUCAGCGUAAAGGGGAUACACUAUGACUACAGCAGCUACAAAACUAUUAAAAUACGUCAGUGAGCCACACCGCCUACAAAUUCAAGAGUUUGUGAUAUGUAGCACAACAAGCUAGCGAAGAAUAGCAUAGCCGUGUUGCAGUGUCGUGUGCCGUACACGGAACUACACUCCCAAGACUGAAAACGUGAUCACUGUUAUCAGACUUUGGAGCCGUUUGUAAACAAACUAAUGUGACCCGGGCGAGGAGCAUUUCACCCUGUGAGGCGGUGUGGCUCACUGACGUAUUUUAAUAGUUUUUCGACAACAACAGAAGUCUGUCUACGGCACAGAAGAGUACGAUAUCACAGGCUUUUGAUGAUGAACAACUGAAUAUUUUCAUCUACAGUGUGACGAACCCCUAAUUUUUAAUCACUUUCCAAAUGUUCUGUGGCAGAGUUCGUAAGAGGACUUGAGGGAACCCUGUGGUAUGUCUGCAAUUUAAGGCAAUUUAUUAGAAGAGACCAACAGAAAGCUGACCUACACCACCCUCUGGAAGACGAAGACGAAGACGAGCUUUGGACAGUUGAGCUACCACCAGAGAUGGAGAGCCAGAAGGUGAACAAGACAGUGAGGGCAUGCUGUGAGGGCUGGGGCGGAGCACGCUGCUCUGAGGGUGUAGGAGUGCGUGGCCAGUGCUACUCUACAUGGAGUUGUGAGGAGUUCCCUGGACUCCAUAACUCCUCCUUGAUGCCGAUGGAGCAGUGCUGCAGCAGCCUAUGGGGACUGAGUUGGAGAAACGCAUCAGACCAGACCUGCUUGUCUUGCACUUACACUCUCCUUCCAGACUCCCAGUCCUCCCCCCUGGUGCGUGGGGGUCUGAUGGGUAGCAUCAGGGUCCCUCAGGGUUCGGCCACCUGCAUGUCCUGGGGUGGUACCCACUACCGCACUUUUGACAGGAAGCACUUCCACUUCCAGGGCAGCUGCACUUACCUGCUGGCCUCAUCCACUGAUGGGACCUGGGCUGUUUACAUCAGUACGGUGUGUGACGGGAGAGGAGACUGCAGUAAGGCUCUGAGAAUGAUGCUGGGUUUAGAUUUGGUUUCAAUUCACCAAAGGAACUUAACACUGAACAACCUCCAUGUCCCAAGGGGAGACCCACUCUUCCAAAAUGGAGUAAGUGUCCAUUGGCUGGGGGACUUUGUGUUUGUGGAGAGUGGUCUUGGGGUGAGAGUGAAGUUCGACCUGGCCAACACCGUCUACUUAACAGUGACUGCUGAACACCUGGCAGCCACCAGGGGACUCUGUGGAGUCUAUAAUAACAACGCUGAAGAUGAUUUCACCACAAUGGGUGGAACUGUGUCCCAGUAUGCUGCCAGCUUUGGCAACUCAUGGAAAGUUCCUGACCAGCAGAAUGAAGGCUGCAGUGAUGCGGCUGAGCUGGGGCAUAGCUGUGAUGUCUCUGGAGAUGCUGCCUUACGCAGACAGGCUGAGUCUGUGUGUCACCGACUACUGGAAAACAGCUUCACACACUGCCACCUCCGGGUGGACCCAGCAGCAUACAUAGACACCUGUCUGUACCUGUACUGUAGCCUUCCACCUAGAGAGAGGGAUGCAGCAGUGUGUGACACUCUGGCAAGCUAUGCCCGAGAGUGUGCCCAGCAACAUGUCAUCAUAAUGUGGAGGACAGCCACACUAUGUGGUCGUGUCUGUCCUGGAGAUCAGGUGUUUUCGGACUGUGUGUCCUCCUGCCCCCCCAGCUGUGCAUCUCAGCAACUACCUGGGCCCGCUGCAGCCAUGGGCCAGUGCAGGGAGGAGUGUGUAGGGGGCUGUGAGUGUCCACCGGGCCUCUACGUUCACCAGGGACUGUGUCUGAAAAGAGACGAUUGUCCUUGUUUCCAUCGCAGACGUACCUACCAGUCGGGCGACAGGAUACAGCAGAGAUGCAACACCUGUGUGUGCAAAGCAGGCCAGUGGCAGUGUACUGGGGAGAAGUGCGCUGCCCAGUGCAGCCUGAUGGGGGCGCUACAGGUCACCACCUUUGACAAAAAGAGAUAUUCGCUACAGGGGGGAGACUGUCCCUUCACUGCUGUGGAGGACUUUGUUGACAGGAAGCUGAUGGUGAGUGUGCGCUGUGGGGAGUGCACAACAGGAGGUGGUAGUGGAGGAGGACUAGGUUGUCUAAGGGAGAUGUCAGUCACAGCAUUACGCACCACAGUCACCAUCACAGACACUGGCACAGUGACAUUGAAUGGCCAGAGGGAGGCGUUGCCCGUGGUGACAGGGGACCUCGUUGUGCGAAGGGCCUCCUCCUCCUUUCUCCUCAUCCAGACGUUUGGCGCUCAGCUUCUCUGGCAUCUAGAUGGACCCCUGAUCCUGAUUACUUUGCAGCCUGGCUUUGCAAACAAGGUGCGCGGCCUGUGUGGAACGCUGACCUGGAACCAGCAUGAUGACUUCACUACUCCAGAAGGAGACGUUGAGAACAGCGUGUCAUCCUUUGCUAGGAAAUUCACUACAGAGCAUUGUACUCUACCUAGAGGAGCACCACCUGACCCCUGCACCACAUACACCCAGAGGAGACAUUAUGCAGAGACCGUGUGCUCCGUCAUACACAGCCCCGUAUUCCAAGCCUGUCAUGACGUGGUGGAGAGGGAGCCCUAUUUCCGCCUCUGUCUGUUGGAGGUUUGCGGUUGUGCUCCACAGAAGGUGUGUCACUGCACCAUCCUCACCGCUUACGCCCGACACUGUGCCCAGGAGGGUGUAGCUGUCCACUGGCGCAACCACACCUUCUGCUCGGUCCAGUGUUCAGGGGGCCAGGUGUACCAGGAGUGUGGUCGUGCAUGCAGGGGUGCAUGUUCAGACCUGCGGCAGGGCUGGAGCUGCGAUGACAGUGGUGGUGGUGGUGGAAUGGGCUUUAGGAUGUGUGUUCCAGGUUGCCAGUGCCCAUUAGGACUAGUGCAGGACCACCAGGGCCAGUGUGUGCCCAUCGCUAUGUGCCCCUGCGUGCAAGGAGACAAGACGUACUCGCCUGGGGCUGUUGUUCAGAACAACUGUAAUACAUGUGUGUGUGAGCAUGGGUUGUUUAACUGCACACAGGAGCACUGUGAGGAGGUGAACCAGUGUCCUGGCUCUCUGGUUUACUCUCCACGCUCCUGCCUCCUCACCUGCUCCAGCCUGGACCCUCCUAGUCAACAGCAGGGGCCCAGUGCCUCACAGCCGAGCUGUAGAGAGCCCCUGUCUGGCUGUGUGUGUCCUCAGGGAACUGUGCUACUAGGUGAUCGCUGUAUCCUGCCAGAUGAGUGCCCAUGUCACCAUAAUGGUCAACUUUACUACACCAAUGAUACCAUCACUAAAGACUGCAACACAUGUGUGUGUAAGGAGCGCCGCUGGCACUGCAGCCAGUCCGCCUGCACCGGUGUGUGUGUGGCAACCGGUGACCCACACUAUGUGACAUUUGAUGGCCGCUGCUUUUCUUUCCUGGGUGACUGCCAGUAUGUGCUGGCGAGUGAGAGCAGUGGUUUAUUCAGCGUCACUGCGGAGAAUGUGCCCUGCGGGAGCACCGGGGUCACCUGUACAAAAUCUGUCACCCUCAGCCUGGGGAACACCAUCAUUCACCUGCUGAGAGGUAAAGCUGUGACAGUUAACGGGAUGCCAGUUACUCUACCAAAGUCCUACAGUGGCAGUGGUCUGACUUUGGAACGAGUGGGCCUGUUUGUCUCACUCUCCUCUCAACUUGGGGUCACUCUGCUCUGGGAUGGAGGUAUGCGUGUGUAUGUGCGUCUGGCAGCACACCUGCGGGGCCGCGUCGGGGGCCUGUGCGGCAACUUUGACGGUGACACAGAGAACGACUUCACAACACGACAGGGCAUAGUGGAGUCCACAGCCGAGCUGUUUGGGAACUCCUGGAAGGUCAGCCCCUCGUGCCCUGAUGUAACAGACCAGGACCUCCGAGACCCCUGCUCUCUGAACCCCCACAGAGUGACAUGGGCCAGGAAAAGGUGUGCAGUCUUGACUCAGGAGCUCUUCUCUCGAUGCCACACUGAGGUGCCCUUCCAGCAGUAUUAUGACUGGUGUGUCUUUGAUGCUUGUGGCUGUGACUCUGGUGGGGACUGUGAGUGUCUCUGUACAGCCAUUGCCGCCUAUGCUGAGGAGUGUAACCGCAGAGGGGUCUACAUCCGCUGGAGGUCGCAGGAGCUCUGUCCUCUGCAGUGUGAGAAUGGGCUGGUGUACGAUCCCUGUGGUCCAGCUUGCUCUCCCUCCUGUCCCACUGUGCAGCAGAGUCCACACUCCCAGUGUGGUGCCCUCUCCUGUGUGGAGGGCUGCUUUUGCCCUUCUGGCACUGUCCAACAUGGCGACAGCUGUGUAGUUUCCUCUCAGUGUCCAUGUGAAUGGGAGGGCUCCAUGUUUCCAGCUGGAACUAGCAUCACUCAACACUGCCAGAACUGUUCCUGUGAAGAUGGUGUGUGGCGGUGUGAUGGUGUGGCUUGCCCUCCUCCCUCCCCUCCCUGUCUGGAAUCAGAGUUUACCUGCGCUGGGGGUCGCUGCAUCCCUUCUCAAUGGGUGUGUGACAAUGAGGAUGACUGUGGUGAUGGUUCAGAUGAGAUUUGUCCAUCCACUUGCUCUCCAGACCAAUUCCGCUGUACCAGCACGCCAAGUGGACCAUGUUUGAACCUGGCUCUGCGUUGUGAUGGCCACCCAGACUGUGCUGACCAAUCAGAUGAGGAGUUCUGUGGACCUGCCACCCCCGUACCCCUGUGUCCACCGGGGGAGUUUCAGUGUGCCAGUGGGAAGUGUCUGUCAGCCAGCCGUGUGUGUGACGGACGGCUGGACUGUGGUUUUGCUGACAGUUCUGAUGAGCAAGACUGUGGCGUGGUGUGUGAUGAAGGGGAGUUCCUGUGUGCUGGGGGACGCUGCAUCCUCUACCUCCACCGCUGUGAUGGACAUGAUGACUGCGGUGACCUUAGUGAUGAGAGGGGGUGUGUGUGUGCACCAGGGGAGUUUCAGUGCCCCGGGGACCAAUGUAUCUCUGCAGACAGAGUGUGUGAUGGACACAGAGACUGUCCAUCUGGAACAGAUGAAGCUGUUUGUCCAAGUAAAGUGACCUGUGCUCCCAACCAGUUUGCCUGUAGUGAUGGAACAUGUGUUGUCGCAAAUAAGCUGUGUGAUGGAACAAAAGACUGUCCAGCUGGAGAGGACGAGAACAGAACCAAUUGCUACUCUGUUAUCAUAACACCGGCUCCUUCACCUUUCACCCCGACUGUGCCCACUUUAGCUUGUAGGUCCUAUGAGUUCAGCUGUGCCACUGGUGGGCAGUGUGUCCCUCAGGCCUGGCGUUGUGAUGGGGAGACAGACUGUAUGGAUGGUAGUGAUGAGCAGCAGUGUCCUACACCCUGUGGCCCUGGCCAGGUGCCCUGCCUCAGCGGGGACCAGUGUGUGGAUUACCAGCAGCUCUGUGACGGGAUCCCGCACUGCAGGGAUUCCUCAGAUGAGAGCAUAGACAACUGUGGCUCUACCCGAAUACCUCCCUGCCCAGGAAGCUUCCCAUGUGACAAUCGCACCUGUGUGAACAUGUCGCAAGUGUGCAAUGGCGUCCCAGACUGUCCACGGGGCGAGGAUGAGUUGGUGUGUGAUAAAACUACAGUGCCCCCUGGCAGUAGGAAUACCACUAUUACCUGUCCUGAAUUCACCUGUAUGGAUGGAUCCUGCAUUCCCUUCAACAUGGUGUGUAACGAUGUGGCGGACUGCCCAGACUCCUCACUAGCACCACUUGGAAACCCCACAGAUGAGCAAGGCUGUAGAAGCUGGAGCUCCUGGGGUCCCUGGAGCCCCUGCAGCGUCUCCUGUGGUACAGGCUCCAUGAGCCGGCAGAGAUCAUGUCCUCCAGGAGACCCCCUGCGCCACUGUCAGGGCCAGGAUGUCCAGAGGCAGCAGUGCUUUAACACCACCUGCCCCGUGGAUGGUCAAUGGCUGCCAUGGGUGAGCUGGUCAAACUGUUCCAGUGGUUGUGGCGGAGUGCAAGUCAGACACAGAGGCUGCAUCCCUCCUCGCUAUGGAGGACGGGAUUGCUCCCAGCUUCCCGGAUCAUCCAACCUCACCAUGGAAAUCACGCCUUGUCCUGACGAUGGAUGUGCCAACACCAGCUGUCCGGCUGGCCUGGUGAGACACAGCUGUGCUCCCUGCCCAGUGUCCUGCGCCCACAUCAGUAGUGGAACGACCUGUGAUCCCACAGCACCCUGCUUCUCAGGUUGCUGGUGUCCAGAGGGCCGGGUGAUGAGCCACAACCAGCAGUGUGUGUUACCAGAGGAGUGUGUGUGUGAGGUGGCAGGUGUGCGCUACUGGCCGGGCCAGCAGAUGAAGGUGGACUGUGAGAUUUGUACUUGUGAGAGAGGAAGGCCUCAGAGCUGCCAGCCCAAUCCAGACUGCUCAGUGCACUGUGGCUGGUCAUCAUGGUCUGAGUGGGGAGAGUGUUUGGGGCCCUGCGGUGUCCAGAGUGUCCAAUGGUCUUUCCGUAGCCCAAACAACCCCAUCAAAUACGGAGACGGGAGAACGUGUAGAGGUAUCUACCGGAAAGCCCGCCGGUGUCAGACUGACCCCUGUGAUGAGUGUGAGUAUCAAGGUCAGUCCCAUGCUGUGGGACACAGAUGGAGGUCUGAACCCUGCCAGUUAUGUCACUGUCUGCCCAACCUGACAGUGCAGUGUUCGCCCUACUGCCCAUACGCUGUUACUGGAUGCCCACAGGGCCAAAGUCUGGUGCCUGGAGAGGGAGACAGAUGUUGUUACUGCCAAGGAGCCAAUGACACCAUUCCAGUGACAAUCAGCCCUGCCACUGUGACUUCCAAGCCAGGAGAGGGCACUACACCCCUGGUUCCCACAUAUCCACUUCCUCCUGAUGAUGAUUGUUGGUCUCCUCUGGGUGUUCAGUCUCUCCCAGCUUCCAGUUUCAGUGCCUCGUCUCAGCAGACUGGUCACCCCCCUGAGGCAGCUCGUCUUCAUGGCUGGGACCCCCAUAGGGACCUCCAGGGCUGGAGUCCAGAACCAGAGGAGUAUAAGGACCUGCCACAGCGGAGCCCUGAGGGACACAGUGGCAACACACAAAGCCCCUACCUACAGAUAGACCUACUGACGCCAUACAACAUCACUGGUGUGCUAACCCAAGGUGGUGGUGUGUUUGGCACUUAUGUAUCUAGUUUCUACCUCCAGUUCAGCCAGGAUGGCAGACAGUGGUACACUUACAAAGAGCUCAUUGCUGAUGCCCGGCCCAGAGCCAAGGUUUUCCUUGGUAACCAUGAUGAUCGAGGGGUGGCUGAGAGCAGACUGGACAGGAUGGUGUCAGCUCAGUUUUUCCGCUUGUUGCCACAUGACUUUCAGAAUGGCAUCUACCUUCGCCUUGAGAUCAUGGGCUGUGGAGAUGGUUAUCGCUGGUUGACUACCCCCACUCCUCCCUCCCCAGUCUCCCCAGUAGGAGGCUGCAGAGAGAAGGAGUUCCAGUGUGAGAAUGGUCGCUGUGUGCCAGCAGGUCCACUGGGAGUUGUCUGUGAUGGGGUCAAUGACUGUGGUGAUGGAUCAGAUGAGAAGUACUGCGGUACACAGCCCUCCUCUACAACCACCAGUCCACGCAGCUGCCCUGCUGGUCAGUUCUCCUGCCCUCCACCAGGGGGCUGCAUUGAGGCAGGGCAGCGUUGUGAUGGGAUUCCCCACUGUCCCAGAGGAGAGGAUGAAACUGGCUGCCACCCACAGGAAAACAUCACCCAGUCAGACAGACCAUACACACCCACCCCUUCCCCUCUGAGGACUCCAUCCAGAGCUGCUGUUACUCAUCCUGCAGUAACACCAACGGAUGGAGGCCCAGGACAUCGCGGCAUCUGCUCCUCUCCCCUUGGAUUGGAGGAUGGGAGAAUUCGUUACGGUCAGUUGACCUCAUCCUCACAUCGUGAGAACAACCCUGCUGAUGCUGGCCGACUAAACAUAAUCCCCAACGUUCAAGUUAUGGAGCCAGGAUGGAGCCCCUUGCCUACAGACCCACAGCCAUAUUUUCAGGUGGACUUCCUGGAGCCCACGUGGGUAUCAGGGGUGGUGACCCAGGGCAGUGAACGUAUGUGGGGUUACCUCACUAAAUUCCGCCUGGCCUUUGCCCUGCACAGCAGCCUCUUCACAGACUAUACUGAGAGUGGCAGACAUGGUGGCCCUGCAAAGGUGUUCGAGGUGCGGAUGGUGGGCAGGACCCCUGUGACCCGCUGGCUUGGUCGGCUGGUCAGAGCUCGCUACCUGCGCAUCAUCCCCGUGGAGUUCAGACACACCUUCUACCUGCGUGUUGAGAUCCUCGGCUGCAGAGGAGAUGAGCUAGUGACACCCAGCAGUGUGACGACGUCUCCCUCUGAUGGUGGGAAAGUGACGGUGCAGCGCUGUAAGCCAGGCCAGUUUGCCUGCCUGCACAGUGAAGAAUGUGUCCCUGUCUCUGUGCUUUGUGACGGUCAAGUGGACUGCAAGGACCAUUCGGAUGAGAUCAACUGUGGUACAGCUCCAACCAGAGGCUCUCCAGGGCUGCAGAACCAGACCAGCUCCACAGGGAGACCAGGUUUCCACAGCACAACAGGUGCCCCAGGCCUCCAUACCACUAGGUCCCGAGAUGGUCUUCCUAGUGUGGCUACACCAGGAGUCACAGGUCAACCUGGACUUCAGAAGACUACAACCUCAAGCACUGGUCAUUGGACCACCAGACCAUCUGUCUAUCCAGGGGUCACCACAGGUCAGCCUGGGCUUCAUCUCACCACAUCACUCCACCCUGGAAGGCCUGGGUUGCAAACCACAAAAGCGCCCUGGAUCACCACGACCCCCCAUGAUGGUGGCCUUCCCAGGGUGCUUUGCGUGGAGGGCCAGUUCGCGUGCCGGUCAUUUGGCUGUGUGGACUCAGCGCAGGUGUGUGACGGCAGGCAGGACUGUUUGGACGGGUCAGAUGAAGAAAGCUGUGGCACCACAGCUAGACCAGCAGUGACUCCACAGCGCCCCGUGGUGCCCAGCCCCUGCUCUCCCAAGCAGUUCUCCUGUAACAGCGGGGAGUGUGUUCACCUGGACCGCAGGUGUGACCUGCAGAAGGACUGUGUGGAUGGGUCAGAUGAGAAAGACUGUGUGGACUGCAUCAUGUCCCCGUGGACAGCAUGGAGUGCGUGCAGUGUGUCCUGUGGUCUGGGCUCCUUGUUCCGACAGAGGGACAUCUUGAGGGAGGCUCUGCCUGGAGGGGCCUGCGAUGGGGCCCAGUUUGACAGCCGAGCCUGCUUCCCUAGAGCGUGUCCAGUUGACGGUCAUUGGUCAGAGUGGACAGAGUGGUCAGAGUGUGAUGCUGAGUGUGGAGGGGGUGUCAAGCAGAGGAACAGAACCUGCUCUAAUCCUCCACCUAAGAACGGUGGGCGAGACUGUGAGGGCAUGACCCUGCAGAGCCAGAGCUGCAACAGCCAGCCCUGCACCAAAGACACUGGCACACAGACAGGUUGUGUUGGCGGCAUGGUGCUGGUGACUGAGGCAGACUGUCAGGCUGGGAGAGUCGAGCCCUGUCCUCCUACUUGCUCACAUCUCAGCUUGACCAGCAACUGCACUGCAGCAUGUGUACCGGGGUGUCGCUGUCCCAAUGGUAUGUACCUUCAGGAGGGACGAUGUGUGAAUGCCAGCCAAUGUGUCUGUCAUUGGAACGGCCAAACGCUGCGGCCAGGACAGGCAGUCAGCAGGGACCAGUGUACCACAUGUGUGUGCAGAGAUGGACAAAUCAUCUGUGACCCUUCCAGCUGUGUGGCGAGCUGUCAAUGGUCAGUCUGGUCGUCAUGGUCACCAUGUGAUGUGACAUGUGGAAUGGGGCUACAACAACGCUACAGGUCCCCAGUGAACCCAGCAGGAGCAGUCAGAGUCCAGCCCUGUCCAGGAGACUCCUCUGAAGCCCGCCGCUGCUCCAGCCCCUGCCUCCCUGUGCAACCAGAUGGAGUUUGGGGUAAAUGGAGCGGCUGGUCAGAGUGCAGUAAGACAUGUUUCCACCACGUAGAUGAUGUGGGAAUCAGGCGACGAUUCCGCAGCUGCAACAAAACACUCACGUCCUUCAACCACACACACGUGCUCUCUGCCUGCGAUGGAGACAGCGAGGAGCAAGAGCCUUGCAACACUGUCCAGUGUCCAGUGAAUGGCGGCUGGUCAGAAUGGUCACCAUGGUCUCAGUGUUCUUCUGAGUGUGACUCUGGUGUCCAAACAAGAGAACGAUUCUGCACUUCACCGUCACCACGACAUGGGGGAAACAGCUGCUCCGGGCCACACAUACAGACAAGAGACUGCAACUCCCAUCCCUGCUCAGGUGUGUGUCCGGAGGGCAUGGUGCACAUGACAGCAGCUGAGUGCAAGGCUCAUGGCGGAGCAUGUCCACGGGUGUGUUUGGACAUGACCUCCACAGAGGUGCAGUGUGCCACCGCCUGUUACGACGGCUGCUACUGUGCCCCUGGCUUCUACCUGUUCAACGGCAGCUGUGUGCCCCUGGCACAGUGCCCAUGUUACCACCAGGGGGAGCUGUACCCAGCUGGUGCCACCCUGCCUGUCGACACCUGCAAUAACUGCACCUGCACUAAUGGAGAAAUGGUGUGUGGAACAGCUGCCUGCCCUGUGGACUGUGGCUGGAGCAGCUGGACGCAGUGGAGCGCUUGCAGUCGAACAUGUGAUGUUGGUGUGAGAAGGCGCUACCGCUCGGGAACCAAUCCCCCUCCAGCGUUCGGAGGCCGUCCAUGCAAAGGAGAGAGGGUUGGAAUUGACACCUGCAGCAUUGAACCCUGUUUCGGCGUGAAGGAGCCAUGGAGUGCCUGGUCAGAAUGCUCAGUCACGUGUGGAGGAGGUUACAGGACCCGAACCCGCGGGCCCAUCCGAAUCCACGGCACCCCUCAGCAGUUCAGCGCCUGUAACCUGCAGCCAUGUGGUGAUGGCAGAGUGUGUCCGCCUGGCCAGGAGUGGAAGCAGUGUGUGAGGGGAGCAGUGUCGUGUACAGACCUCUCGAUGGACCUCAGCAGUAAUUGUACACCAGGCUGCCAGUGUCCACACGGGACUAUCCAGCAGGAUGGUGUUUGUGUCCAGGAGUCUGACUGUCGCUGUGACGUGGAUGGAGAGCAGUACAAACCUGGGGACAUCGUCCCAACAGACUGCAACAACUGUACAUGUGAAGCAGGGAGGCUGGUAAACUGCUCUCGAAUCAGCUGCAAUGUUGAUGGCCAUUGGUCGCUGUGGACUCCCUGGGGUCAGUGUUCGGUGUCGUGUGGAGCGGGUCUCCAGUCUCGGUACCGGUUCUGUUCCAGUCCCCAGCGCUCGGGUAGUGGCCUGCCGUGUCUGGGACCUCACCGUGAGGAUCAAGUAUGCAUCGCUGCCCCAUGUGACCGUGACGGUGGUUGGGGUCAGUGGAGUAACUGGACAGAGUGUACCAAGUCAUGCGGUGGGGGUGUUCGGAGCAGGAGGAGAGAGUGUGACAGUCCCAGUCCAGAGGGGGAGGGAAAUUACUGCGAGGGGCUGGGGACUGAGGUUAUCGCCUGUAACACUGACCACUGCCCAGUGGCGCCAUGUACCAAAGUGCCAGGCACAGUGUUCAGUAGCUGCGGUCCCUCCUGCCCACGCUCCUGUGAUGACCUGGCACACUGUGAGUGGCGUUGUGAGCCAGGGUGCUACUGUACAGAGGGAAAGAUCCUGUCUGCUAACGGGACAGUCUGUGUAGAGAGAGAAGAUUGUCCCUGCCUGGAUCUCAGCACUGGACUCCGGCUGGAGCCAGGAGAGACCACUGCAGCCCCUGACGGGUGUAACAACUGCACCUGUGAGGGUGGGAGGCUCAACUGCACCAGAUACCCUUGUCCAGUGUCAGGCGGCUGGUGUGAGUGGUCAGACUGGACUCCGUGCUCCAGGACCUGUGGGGCAGAGUCAGUGUCCCGCUACAGAAGCUGUGGCUGUCCCGAGCCCAAGGCAGGAGGGGAGCCCUGCUCUGGAGAGCAGGAAAUUCACAAUGGGAUCGGGGUUCAAAUCCAGAGACAGCCCUGCCCUGUCAUCACCUUCUGUCCAGUCCAUGGUUCGUGGAGUCCCUGGUCAGCGUGGUCAGAGUGUGACGGGUGCGCCGGAUCAUCCACUCGCACCAGGGAGUGUAACAGCCCUCCUGCCAGGUUCGGUGGCCUGCCCUGUCUUGGAGAGAGCAGGCAGAGGCGCAGUUGCCACGACAACAUUACGGUCUGCUCAGACUGUGGCGGAGGCCAGGAGGAAUGGCCUUGUGGGAAACCCUGUCCUCGCUCAUGUUCAGAUCUCCAUGGUGACACAGUGUGCUUGGACUCCCCCGGGUGCAGCCGGACCUGCGGUUGUCCGGGUGACAUGGUCCUCCAGGAUGGUGUGUGCGUGGAGAGGGAGGAGUGUCGCUGCAAAUACCACAACAGCUCUGCUACUGGUGGUCUAGAUUCCAGUAAUGCAUCGUGGGUAUGGCCUGGUGGGUCUGAUUGGCAGUUUGUAAACUCAGGAGACAGCAUCAUCAGUGACUGCAAAAACUGUUCGUGUGUGGCCGGGGUUUUGCAGUGUCAAUCAGUCCCCGGUUGCCAUGUUGAUGGUGGCUGGAGCCAAUGGGGAGCCUGGUCCAUAUGCUCGCUUCCAUGUGGAGGAGGAGUCAAGUUCAGGAGACGCCAGUGUGACAAUCCGUCUCCUCAGAGCGGUGGGAGAGGCUGUCUGGGAGUCGCUGAACAGCAGAAAGACUGCAACACACAUGUGUGCACAGACUCGGUUGGCCCAUGGCUCCCCUGGUCUCAGUGGUCGGUGUGUUCAGUCAGCUGUGGUGGAGGGCAGCAGUUCCGCUCUCGUAUCUGCAGCUCUCCACCUUGCAGCGGCCUCAGCCGCCAGAGCAAGACCUGCAACAACCAGGUCUGCCUCGAAGUGGGCUGCCCUCCUGGCAGGCUGUACAGGGAGUGUGAACGAGGUGAAGGUUGUCCAUUCAGCUGCGCUCAGAUCAGCGGCAGGGAGGGCUGCUACUCAGAUGGCUGUGAGGAAGGCUGCCACUGCCCCCCACACACCUACCAACACCACGGACUCUGCUUGCGGGAGUGUCCGUGUCUGGUCGACAAAGAGUUUCUGGCCUCUCUUCAGAGUGUCUCUAUCACGCCGGUCUCAUCUCUGCUUCUCCAUAACAUCUCUGAGGGAGUGGAGCUCCAGUCUGGAGACACACUGGUUCAUGACUGCAGCUCCUGCGCCUGUGAGCAUGGCAGGUGGAACUGUUCCUUAGAGCAUUGCCCAGUUGACGGUGGUCUGUCACCAUGGGGCCCUUGGAGCCCCUGCUCGCUGUCCUGUGGAGGUCUAGGACUGAAGACUCGCUCCAGGGGCUGCACGCAGCCUGCCCCGGCCCACGGAGGGAGAGACUGCCAGGGGCCAAGCCAGGAAACCACCUACUGCCAGGCCCCUGACUGCCCAGUUAUAGUUGGUCCCACAGAAGAACCAGCCCUACCAGAUGAGGAUGCUGGCUUCUCUCCCUGGUCGUCAUGGAGUCCCUGCACUAAGACCUGCAGUGAUGCUCUCAGACCAGCAACCAAGUCCCGCCAUCGACAAUGUAUCAAACCUCCCUGCUCUGGAAACUCUCACCAGGAGAAAGCCUGUAACCUUCCCCAGUGUCCAGGUGGUGGUGAAGUAUGUGUUGGGGCUGACUGUGCACGGAGGAACUGUUCAUGGACAGAGUGGGGGGAGUGGGGCUCUUGUUCGCGGUCCUGUGGAGUGGGACAGCAGCAGAGAAUCCGAACCUUCCUCAGCCCCGGCACCAAUGGCUCGUGGUGUGAAGACAUCCUGGGAGGAAACCUGGAGCAUCGCUUCUGUAACAUCAAGCCCUGCCGAGUGGAUGGAGGUUGGUCCCGGUGGAGUCCCUGGUCCCGCUGUGAUAAGCGCUGUGGUGGUGGGCGCUCCAUACGCACUCGCUCCUGCUCCAGCCCUCCACCGAAGAACGGUGGAAAGAAAUGUGAAGGAGAGAAAAACCAGGUCAAACCCUGCAACACCAAACCCUGCGAUGAGAAAGGGUGCCCACCGGGCCAGGAGUUCGUGUCGUGUGCCAACCAGUGUCCCCAGCGCUGCUCAGACCUCCAGCAGGGCAUAGAGUGCCAGAGCAACACAGAAUGUCAACCCGGCUGUCGCUGCCCUAAAGGCCAGUUGCAGCAGGACGGUGUGUGUGUGCAGCUGUGGCAGUGUGACUGUGUGGACUCACUGGGACAGGUUUGGGCGGCUGGCAGCUGGCACCAGGUGGACUGUAACAACUGUAGCUGCUCUGACGGACAGCUCCUCUGCACCAAUCACAGCUGCCAGGCCACUUGCACUUGGAGCUCCUGGUCCAGUUGGGCGUCAUGCAGCGUUUCCUGUGGGCAGGGCCAGAGAACCAGAUACAGAUCUCUGAUCUCAGAGACCGAGGGAACAGAUUGCCAAUUCGAGGAAGUCCAGCAUAAGUCCUGUAACCCAGGACCUUGCCCGCCUCUCUGUCUCCAUGACGACCAGGAGCUCAGUGUGGGAGACACCUGGCUGCAAGGAGAGUGUAAACAAUGCACAUGCACUCCUGAGGGAGAUUACUGCCAAGACAUUGACUGCAGAGUGGAUGGUGGUUGGACCCCGUGGUCUGUGUGGUCUGACUGCUCAGUGACCUGUGGGCGGGGCACACAGGUUCGAACCCGUGCCUGCAUCAACCCCCCACCACGUAACAACGGAUCUCACUGUAAUGGGCCGGAGAGAGAAACCCAGGACUGUCGCAUCCCUCCUUGUCUGGAUGACCUUUGCCCCUGGUCGCCAUGGUCACCAUGUUCCCGGAGCUGUGGCGCAGGGUCUGUGGCGCGUCGCAGGGUGUGUGUGUGUGAGGAGGGAGGAGAUGCAGCGUGUCCCACUGAGAUCGAGGCUGAGAGGAACAGAGAGGAGACCCAACUGUGUUACAAACAGCCCUGUCCAAGUUGUCCCAUGUCAGAGUGGAGUGUUUGGUCUGAGUGCUCCUGUGUGUCUCAGAGGCAGCAGCGCUACCGUGUCGCUCUGUCUCCCGCCACCAGGGGACAACAGUGCACUCCCGUUGAAACACAGAGCCGGUCGUGCAGCCUCAGUCAAUGUGAUGACUGUGAAGCCCCCUUUGUGUACUCAGCAUGUGGUGCUCCCUGUGAGAAGCAUUGUGCACUGCACGGUCGUAAAGAUCUGUGUUUAGGUGUCAGGGAGUGUACACCUGGCUGCUACUGCCCACAGGGCCUGUUGCAGCAGAAUGGUAGCUGUGUUCCUCCAGAGGAGUGUGGCUGUAUCCACCUGCAACACCAAGCUUCUGGACAACCUCCCACACCUGUCACUGUCCCUCAGGGGGCCACGGUCACCAUAGGCUGCAGUACCUGCCUUUGCCAUGAUGGGACUUUGCAGUGUGACAUGAGAGAGUGUGAAGUCAUCCUCAGCGAGUGGUCAGCGUGGACUCCCUGUUCUCCCUGCGCACCCGCUUCCGUGCAGCACAGCACCUUUCCAUCAGGGGUCGAUGGAAGUAAAAUGAUCUCAGUCCAGAGGCGUUUCCGUGGCUGUUUGGACCUGGAUUCUGGUCUUCCAGUGUCCGAAGACCAGGAGGGGAGUCAAUGUCCAGGACCACUGGUAGAGGAGAGGCUGUGUCCAGAUCCUAACAUCUGCAGAGAUCUGUGUCAGUGGAGUGCAUGGAGCACCUGGACAGUCUGUGCAGAGCCGUGCAGCGGUGGAGUCAGGCAGCGCUACAGGCGGCCCCUGGCCUCUGAUCCAGGGCCCCACUGUAGGAGCCAACAGACACAGAGCCAGAGUUGCAACACAGGACUCUGCCCAGGUGAGCGCUGUGAGGAUAGGGGGCGGAUCUACCAAGAGGGUUGUGCCAAUAAGUGUCCUCGCAGCUGCACUGACUUAUGGGAGCAUGUACAGUGUCUCCAAGGAGCCUGUCACUCAGGUUGCCGUUGUCCAGAGGGACAGUUGCUGCAGGACAGCCACUGUGUGCCAGUGACAGAGUGUCGCUGUGGUAUCCCAUCAGGCAAUGGGACACUGGAGUUCAGCCCUAAAGACAAGUAUACCAUGGACUGCAACACCUGUGUGUGUGAGAAUGGCACUCUGGUGUGCACCAAGCUUCCCUGCCCAGUGUAUGAGCCCUGGAGCCCGUGGAGCACCUGCUCUGCUUCCUGUGGGCGUGGUCAGAGGACGAGGACACGCCUCUGCCAGGACACGGUGGACGGUCCUUCCUGUGCUGACACCAUGCAGACAGAGAGCUGUGACCUGCCAUCAUGUCCAGCGGGAUGUUUGUUGAGUGAGUGGUCACCCUGGAGUGAGUGCAGCACCACAUGUGGCGGUGGGUUGUCCAUGCGGAACAAGACGGUCCUUCGGGAGCCAGAGCCUGGUGGGAUGGCCUGUGCUGGACCACUUGAACAGCACACUGUCUGUAACACCAACAGCUGCCUGCCCGAGUGUCCUGGCGGCCAGGUGUUCAAUAAUUGUUCAGGUUCCUGUCCAUAUACCUGUGAGGACCUGUGGCCACACACUCAGUGUUUACCUGGACCCUGCACUCCUGGGUGCACCUGCCCCCCUGGACAGGUGUUGUACGGAGGCUCCUGUGUGUCCCAUGCAGACUGUCCCUGUUCUCCACUCUCCCUGCUGGCUGGUUACCAAAGCUGGAAUGUCACUACUGAGGAGAUCACAGAGGUCCUGCUGCCAUCUGGAACGGCCAUUCAGCAACUCUGCAACACAUGCGUGUGCCAAGGAGGAGUGUUUAACUGUACCUCAGAGGUCUGUGAUGUGGACUGUGAGUGGUCCAGCUGGUCCCAGUGGAGCCCAUGCUCAGCCAGCUGUGGUUCAGGACAACAGAGCUCCACCAGAACCGUCGUUCAGCCCGGCCAGUACAGAGGGGCCCCAUGCGAGGGCCCUGACCACCGCGGCACUACUUGCAUGGCCCCUGACUGUGCGUGUCCUACCGGGGAGCGGUGGAGGAGGAGCGUGUCAGAGGAGGUCCCGUUGUGCGAGAGGAGCUGCCAUGACAUUUACUCCUCCUCUCCCGUCAACUGCAGCAGCUCCGCCGAGGGCUGCGUGUGUCAAGAGGGGCUUUACCGAAACACGGAGGGUGUUUGUGUCAUCCCCGCCCUCUGCCCCUGCCAUGACCAGGGCAUCCUGCGGGAGGCAGGAUCGGAGUGGGAGGAGGGCUGCAUGUUGUGUCGCUGUGUGAACGGGAAAAAACUGUGCCAGCUGAGGUGUCCCCCACUCCAGUGUGAAGAGGGGGAGGUGAAGGUGGAGGAACCAGGCAGCUGCUGUCCAGUCUGUAGGAAACAGUUUCCAGACGAGCCCGUGCCAGAGUGUCGUCGCUAUGUGCAGGUCAGGAACAUCACUAAAGGAGACUGUCGGCUUGACAAUGUGGAGGUCAGCUUCUGCAGGGGACGCUGUCUUUCCAGGACUGAUGUCAUCCUGGAGGAGCCUUACCUCCAAUCACUGUGUGAGUGCUGCAGUUACCGCUUGGACCCAGACAACCCGGUCCGCUUCCUCAGCCUGCAGUGCGCGAGCGGAGAGAGCGAGCCGGUCGUCCUGCCUGUCAUACACAGCUGCGAGUGCACCAGCUGCCAAGGAGGUGAUCUGUCCAGACGCUGAGCGAGUGUGCCUGUGAGAUGUGUGUGUGUGUGUGUGUGUGUAAAUGCGAAUGUGUGUGUGCACUAGAGAGAGCGAGAGAUGGACGGAUACGAGCACCGUGCUGAGUGAGAGCGCCACACUGAAAGCCAGAUCGGUGUUAGAUGGAGGAUGAUGGGAAAAAUGAAGUCGUGAGACCCCGCUGAUGUAUACAUUGUUCUGUAGUCCUCAGUCAUCAUAUGACUGGAUGCUACUGCUGAUCGUAGAGUUCCUCUUCUAAAACAUAGUUUAUUCUUCCUCCUGUACAGCUUUGUUCUACUGUAUGUAACUUUAAAGAACCUAUGAUUCAAUCUAAGUAAGACCUAUUAUGCUUUUAAAGAUGUUUUAUUUGUAUGUUUAAAUAAAUGCACCACAAGUCUUCUUUAAGUUUAA